AUGACUAUGGAACAUCCUACGAAACGCUCACAGACUCAGGGCUUCCAGCCUCAGCAUGAAAACCCAGACAUCGCCUCGUUGGCUACCAUCGGCAUGAGAAUCAGAAAGCUGGUCGCUGAUGGCUACUCUGUUUCCCACGAGGCUUCUUACGACCGUGGCAUGCCUCAACGUACUUUCAACAGAGUGCCUCUUCCUAACAACAUGGAUAUGCCACCUCCAUUGACGAAUCAGGGUUCGACCUUCCAGUCAGGCUCCAAUGUCUCCGAAUGGGGCGCUUCGAUGCCACUCCAAACGAUGCCAUUGCAGGGCAAUGGUAAGAGAGGUUUCGAGGAGGACGAGCCUCGUCUUUUCGGUACCAACAAGCCCUCUUUGGAACAGUACAACAGCACAUACGGCCAGUUGAAGUUCGACGAGGAGUUUUAG